CGACGGUUACACCAGCUGUUUGUAUUUCUAACUGCAUAUUCGCAAUGACCACCCAGCCAUCCAAAAGUGUAGUUAUCGUUGUCGGGGGCCCUGCUGGAACCGGCAAGACUACUGUUUCCCAGGCAUUGGGAGAACAUUUUUCAUGUCCAGUAGUUGAAGGAGAUGAACUCCAUCCGCAGGCUAAUGUCGACAAGAUGUCGUCUGGCAUUCCGCUCACAGAUGAAGACAGAUGGGGAUGGUUGACUGAGUUGAGUCAGGUGGCCAGCAGCAAGAGUGUGGAGGGUCUGAACGAGCUGAAGAAGGCCGUAGUGUCUUGUUCGAUGUUGAAAAAGGUGUAUAGAGACCAUAUUAAGAAAAGUGCUGUGGAUGGAGGAUCCAGCAUUGAGUUCCGGUUUGUGUUCUUGUAUACGACAUUCGAAGAGUUGUUGCAGAGAGUCGGGAACCGUAAGGACCAUUUCAUGAAGUCUGACAUGGUGAAGUCGCAAUUCGACAUCAUGGAGAUUCCUGAGGGAGACGAGUUGUUGGAAAAUGGGGGAGAAGCCGUGGCAGUGAAUGCUACAGGAAAGAGCCCCGAACAGAUCAAUACUGAGGUUAUCGCCGCCUUGGAAAGGUAGCGAAGUGUGACGACAUGAAAGCAGAAUAUCACAGAGAAUGAAGUGUCUAUUGAUUACCAUGGAGCAUUUAGCAUGAAUGAGAAACGAAUAGAUUAUAGAGUUACAUAGUAGCGAAUAGAACAUAGAAGAAUAAAACACAAGUUAAACGGAUCU